AUGCUUGUACGUCGUUCAUUGAAUUGUGGUAGGUUUGCCCGGCAGCUUACACUGCUUCGGACAGGACUCUAUCAAAAUCGGGUUUCUUCGGUUAGAUUCCACAGCUCUGAUUCAAACAAAGUAAAUGAUUCCUAUACCCAUUUUGGAUUUAAAGACGUUCCUGAAGAGGAGAAAGAGUACAUGGUAAAAAAUGUAUUCUCCUCAGUUGCUAAAAAGUACGAUCAAAUGAAUGAUGCUAUGUCUUUGGGGAUCCACAGAGUAUGGAAAAACCAGUUUGUAACUGCAUUGAAUCCAGGAAAUAGUACUACUCCUAUGAGGAUUUUGGACGUUGCUGGCGGUACUGGUGAUAUCGCGUUCCGUUUAUUGGACCAUGCUACACAAAAGAAUCAAGAUUAUAAUAGUAAAGUGGUUGUAGCAGACAUCAAUCCUGAUAUGCUUGCAGUUGGUAAAAGGAGAGCUAAGAAAACGCCAUAUUUUGAGUCGAGACGUGUAGAUUUUAUUGAGCAAAAUGCUGAGGUCUUGGACAAAAUACCAGAUAACAGUAUUGAUAUAUUUACUAUUGCCUUUGGAAUUCGGAAUUGCACCCAUAUUGACAAAGUUUUGGAGCAGGCAUACCGAGUUCUGAAACCUGGUGGUGUUUUCAGUUGUUUGGAAUUUAGCAAAGUAUAUCCUCCUUUAUUGGCAGAGAUGUAUCGUCAGUACAGCUUCAAAUUCCUUCCUUUGCUUGGUACCUUGAUAGCUGGCGAUAGAGAAAGCUAUCAGUACUUGGUUGAAAGCAUUGAGCGUUUUCCUGAUGCUGAUACCUUCGCCAAGAUGAUUGAGCGUGCUGGCUUUACUUUAGCGGGUGAGCGAGGAUACGAAUGCCUUACCUUUGGAGUUGCUGCCAUUCAUACUGGUGUUAAACUUUAA